UACUUAUGUAAGUCAUCACCGCCCUGCCUCCCAGCCUCAUUAACUCUCCCCAGCUCUCAUUCACUCCCCUUCGCUCAGAUCUCUGACGUCGUUCAUGUCCACGGCUGACCCGCCAGUGUCCGCCCCCGGCGUCGGCCUCGGCUAUGGCAUAGCCAUCGCCGUCAGCAUCCUCGUCCUCAUCUCCACCAUCAUGCUUGCCUCCUACGCCUGCGUCCGCGUCAAGUCCUCGGCCCUCCGCACCGGCCCCUCCCCCAUCCGUGAUGACACCGCAUCCUCAGGGAAUCUCCCGCCAGAGGUGGUGGUGGUGGGCCUCGACGGGUCCGUCAUCGAGUCGUACCCGAAGAUUGUGCUGGGAGAGAGCAAGCGUCUGCCGAAGCCCAACAACGGCCUCUGCUCGAUAUGCCUGUCAGACUACAAACCACGGGACACGGUACGGUGCGUCCCGGAGUGCAACCACUGCUUCCAUGCGGAGUGCGUCGACGCGUGGCUCCGGAUGAGCGGGACAUGUCCUAUGUGCCGGAGCUCCCCAGCUCCGACGCCGGUUGCCACCCCCUUGUCGGAGCUGGUCCCCCUCGCGUUCCACCCCAGGUGAUGAAUGGUGCGGUGCGGUUGAUGUUAUUAUCUUUUACCAUUUUUUUUUUCCUUUUUGGUAUAAAGAGACCAUAAGGAUUAGUGAAGUUGCUCAUUUUUCAGGUGGAAAAGUAUAUUUCACAUGCUUGACAAAAUACUAUUUGCCCUAACUAAUUGAGCUACUCGACGAAAUCGUUUCGCGUCAAUUGAUAUGAAGCUCCAAUUAUUUUCCCGAUCAAGGAAUGAUUGAACUGACAGAAGUUAGCCCGUAUAAUAACGCAUCAUCAGUCGAGCAGUCUCCCGAUAUCGGCCUUCAUGUAUGUGACUGCAAACUUCUACUUCUAUAGUGUGAUGUAAUGCUAAUUCCAAUUUGAUCAAAGGGCUCCUAUGACCUAUCAAGCUAUGCAGGACAUCUCCAAAUGCCGGGUGCGAACACAAAUAGAUUCUCUUUUUAUUUUUUAUUUUUUAUUUUCCUUUUUUUGAGUAAAUAGAUUCAUGUUGUAGAAAGAUCUGUUAGACUUUAAUGCCUUGGACACAUGUACAGAAAAAGUCAGACUCCUCGAGAUCAACGCCCCAUUAACAUAAUCCCUUAUUGAUGGUUGCUUGGUAAAUGUC